AUGGUUAUUAGCCUACAAAAUGUGGUUAAAAGUAUAAAAAUAAGCUGGAAAUCAUGGAUUGUAAACAACCGUAGCAUUUCCACAUCAACUAGUGGUGGUAGUAGGAAAUUAAUGAUCAUGACAUUUGCCCUGUUUAUCACAUUUUCAUCGCUGUCACCCAUAUUGGGCACAAGUCUUAUGUUUAUUAUGCGACCCGGAGUGCAAACUGCCGAAGAAUUGGCCGAUUGGAAUAGCAAUACUAACCGACCAUUUAACCCAUACGCGGCUAUGAUUAAACAGGGCAUGGUCAGUAAGGAGGAUACCUUUAAUCUGUUCCCGAACAAUAUUGUGGGCGCGAUGUUUAUGCAAACGUACACCGGGUUAGAGGCAAAAGACCCAAACAAUAUAACGCUUGGUUACAAACCAGUGACCAAAAAUCAGUUCACGGUCAAUUUUAUGGGCCUGUGCGUUUUUGCCACAAUGUUGGGAGUGGCUAUUUUGUGCCUGGGCGAUCAGAUUAAUACCAAUGGCACUUAUUUACUGGAUGGUAUUGGCGGGCAUACAGUUUCGUAUACCCGAUCGGCUAAUCUCGCAACUCGUGUGGUUCAGCAUAACCACGAUGAUUGGAUUUUCUAUCCUGUUGUUUAUCAUACACUCUGGGUAGCCUUUGGUACUGAUUCGAGCGCAGUAACACUUCCGGUGACAAUAAAAACAAUGGAGGAUAACGUGAAACUACCCGAGAGAGUGACCAGAUUUGUAUUACCACUGGGAGUAAAUGUGCACAUGAAUGGUAUGGCCAUGUAUUACCCUAUGGUUGUGUUGUUUGUCGCUCAAAUGCACCUUGUUGACAUUGGCGUUCAACACAUGAUUGUUCUUAUAUUUAUGACCCUGGUAAUGUCUGUGGCCAUACCGGCUAUUGGCUCCGGUGGUGCUGUUAUUAUAAUAUUUGCAUCAUUUUGUGCAGCACUGGGUAUCGAGAAUCCGUUAGAUGUGCUAGUUUAUGUGUCUGUGGGUGAUUUGCUCGUGUACGUUUAA